AAAAUAUUUACGUACGAUGAAUAUAAGUACUGAGAACGAUCAGUUGAGGUUGAUUCUGAAGGAGAGAGCAGAGAAGGAGGAACACUCAAAACACAGAGCAAACUCAAACUACAGUCAUGUUCCAGCAGCAAAUUGACGCAGUAAAAGAGGAGUUACGCCAACAUGCGCCCAAACGGAAAGUGCUUCAAAAGCUGGAUAUGUUCGUGCUGGACAACUCACUACGUGAGACAACGGUUGGGCAACUUCGCGGCCACACCAUUGAGAACAAAUGGCAAAUAUACAAUGAGAUCAAACGAGUUGGCUUCAAGCACACGAUUGUUGCUUCAUUUUCCCAUAUGACGCGUCUUGGUGACACAUUUAUUCGUCAGCUUGCUGAAAAAGGCGAAGAUUUCUCCAACUUUUAUGCAUUCUCUGAAUUUCUAGAGAAGAUCACCAACAAAAUUCCAAAUACUGAUUUGAUGCCAAUCGGUUUGCUGAAGAUGAAAGAGUUGGGUAUAAAGCAUGCUAUCAUCGAGAUGGAUUUGGUCUAUAAUGGAAUCGAUUACACGGUUUUUACGGUCAAAAAGAUCUGUCAGCACUUGGAAAAAUUGAUUAAAUGGUGUCAUAGCAAUCUGGCCGAGGACUCCCGUGUCCUGAUAAACCUUCGUGACCUUCCUGAUGCAAUGGUGAAGAAACCAAGAAGAGUUUUCAAGAUUGUCAACUUUUUGUCAUCUUUGCCCAAACAUUUGCGCCCAUUUGCGCUAAUCACCGAAGAGUCGGGCAAAUUCUUCCCAGAACAGCUUGGUGUGUGGAUCUCAGCUAUCCGCAAAGAGAUGAACCGUUGCGGAUUCACAGAAGGACACUUGUUGGUGCAUGUACAUCAGCAAUGGGGGAUGUUAGAGCACACACAACUUGAAUGCCUUGCCAAUGGUGCUGACGGAAUUUGGGCAGGCCUUUGCGAAGAAGGUGCUUCCAUGGGGCAUGCCAGUUCCACUGUCACCCUUUUAAAUAUGAUUCGAUUGGGGAACAAGAAGGUUUUGAAGAAAUUCAACUGUACCGAGCUGAGAAAGGCAGCAAUUAAUGUGACCAAGAUUACAACUGGGCUGCCUCCUCAUCCCAAACAGCCAAUCUACGGUGAACGUGCCCUUGACCUGGUUUUUGGGAUGGAUCAGUUUACACCCGACGAAAAGGUUUUCAGUUUGCAAACGUUUUUUGGAGAAGAAGCUGUGAUGAGAAUGACCACACUAGCGAAUCCAAAUAUGGUUGUCCUUCGCCUGCAGCGAUUGUUCGGCAAUGAUCCGCAGUUCACUGUUGACAUGGCAAAGAAAAUGCUGGCGAAGAUGCUCGAAGAUUUGCACGCCAACAGGAAAGAGGAGUACAUGAGUGCCGUCGGUUUGGCUCUCUUGUUCGAUCGUUCAGGAGGGAAACUAACUGCUGCAAUGAGUGACGCAAUUGCUAAGGAAAAGCCAAAAAUGGCGCACAUUCAAAAUCUUAUCAAGGAAAUCAGGGAGAUGUGGGAUGAAUGGGAUUUGCGAGAUGGCGAGCGUGAUGACAUUCUAGAAUUUGAUGCUUUCUACAAUGGUUUUAUGGCUCCGUAUUUUGGCUGUUACAGAUGCGAUGAGACCAAGAAAGCAUUAAAGGCCAUUGACAUGGAUGCUGACGGCAAGGUUGAUUGGAAUGAAUUUGCUUUGUACUUGAAAUGGGCAGGAAGACAGUACCCGCAAACAUCAACUGCAGAAGAGCUACUGUCUAUUGCCUUCCGCAAGGGUCUUGUGCCUGCCAUGAAAGACGAGCUCGUGAAGGAUGUAAAGCUACCGGAAUCAGGGACAGAUGAAGAUAUGUGUGGAGAUUCAGGUGAAGAAGAAGAUUUCGACUAUUUUUCAGGGCGAUGUUCUUCUGAUGACGAGGAUGAAUAUGAUUUUUAGUCAUUCUGUGUGGCUGAAGUACUGUUUAGACCAGUUGUUGUCAUAGUUGGGGACUUAACGAAAAAUUCCAUGCUUUGAUUCUCAUUGAAUGCUGCCAUGCACAAUAUAACAUUUCCACCUACCACCUUACAAAUUUAUACCUACGCAUAACCCACGUGGCAACUCAGUUUUCUACCAACAAUUCCCUACGAAUUUUGAUAAAAAACCUACUUUCUACAUUAAGAAGGCGUUCGGCAAUUAAGAAUGUCUGUUUUCAAUGCUGUAGCUAGAUGUUUGUGAUUGGUGCAUUGCAUGAUAACAAAGACAAAUAGACCAUUCAUUUCCUAUUUUUGUUUUGAAUCCAAUUGUUUUAUAGCUGUAUUUCAGUCACUCAGGUGGGGCAAACCAGCGAAAAACUUAUGGUAAAUAGAGGCUGAACUCCCAUUUUUUGGUCGAAAAACUUCUUUAGAAUAGAGAAACAAUACUUUUAGAAUUAAUUUUCGCACUUGCACAUAAUUUUUGCACCUUUUCUAAUUAUGGUUUCCCUGGCCUAGAGCCACCCUGCACCAGCACUGCACAAAUUUCGAAAAAAAACCUUCAUUUCAAAAUUUAUACCGUAGGUUUUCCCUACAACCCUCAAAACCCUCAAAAUCCCUACAGGAGGUAGAAACCCCUACGUGUGGCAGCACUUCAUUUAACUAACAUGUCAUAUUCAUUAUGAUGAUAAGUUUGCUGUAGCUGUGAAGACCAUUACAAACCUAUUGAGACUUCUUGAAACGACUUGAAUUUCGACGUUUAAAUGAAAAAAGAUGUUAAUUGCUAAAUGCUACACAUUCCUGCAGUUGAAAUUUCUUCUAAUUCAAUGAUCCCGAUUAUCAGAGUAGAUAUGUAUGGUGACUUUGUAGAUAUCAAAGCAGUGGUUUGAAGAAACA